AUGGCUCCACGCAAGAAGCCAGCUGCGAAAGCUGCGAACAGGAAGCCAGUCAAACGUCCUACCAAAGCCGAGAUGAAAAAAAUCGCUCAAAGUCUGGCACCAAAGAAACGAACAGCUUAUGCGAUCUUCGUGAAAGAGAACCGUCCCCGAAUCCGAGAUGAGAUGUUCCCAGAGGCUGGCAAAACAAACCAGAAGCAGAAUCGACAGCUCUUUUCAGCCGUUGGAAAGGCUUGGGGGGAUUUAUCGAAAGCAGCCAAAGAUGUGUACAUGCAGAGAUCCAAGCAGGAGGUGGAAGCACGUCGCAAGGCCAUCAAGGACAUGGUUGAUAUCGUGCCUGAGACAAAGCAGCAGUGUGCUGAGCCAGUGGGUAGAAUUGGUGACUACGAGCUGGUUAGCCAUGGGCACGAGCGGCUCCCUGGUCACUCUGCCGACUGCUACCUCGUUCAACACAGAGUUAUGCGAACUCGUGCAAGGGCCGUGUUCUACAACUGUCAGGAUGAGUUCCAGCGGGAGAUUGCGUGCUUGAAGUGCUUGUACAAGGCCUUCGAAGAGGAAUCGGAGGACGUCGAUUUUAAGGAGAACGAGGAAUUGUUUCAUAGGCUGCUUUAUGCUACUAUGGACAGAGAACAGGAGCCAAAUCGUUGCAUCGUCACCGACUUCUUUCCUCCGCUGGGCUCAAUUGGAGUGGAUUCGGACAAGUGGCUGUUGCGGGAUGUUGCCUAUCAGAUGGCAAGGUCCGUCUCGACUUUGCACCGUCUGUCCUUGCUUCAUCUAGAUCUGCGGCCCCAGGCUUGGUACUACGACGGCAACGCUCGCUGCGUCAAGCUUGCUAACUUCCGCUUGUGCAGACAGGAAGACGACACUACAGACAUUACAUGUCCCCCAUAUCUGCUGCCCUACCGUGCCCCGGAACUUCAUGCUCCACUGUCCGAAAUCCGGACGAGGCUUGGUCAGCAAGGUGAAGCGUGGGCGUUUGGUGUCUCCUUAGUGGAGUUGGCAAGCGGGCGGUGCAUGUUCAGUACUCUUCAAGAUAUCUUUGCUUUCCGGAAGGCGAAGAAUGCAGCAAGAGGAAACGAAGCGAUGCGAGUGUUGCAUGCAGGAGUGCAAAAGACACUUCUGCAUUUCUUGUGCCAGGACGGCGCGAGAUUGUCUGUCGUCGAGUUUGCACAAGAUCCUGCCUUCGCUCAGAGUUUUGUGAACCUGUCAGUUUUGAAUGACUAA